AUGGCAGCAACAAUGCUGGCAAUUCUCAUCUCCAUCUUUGUCUUUGCGUGCUCGCCACCCCCACUCGUCCUUGCUGCCGAUGAGGACAUGCUCCAGGACGUUUGCGUCGCAGACAACAACAGCACUAUCAUCAUCAAUGGCAAGGUGUGCAAGCCCAUGGCAGCGGUGGUGGCCGAGGACUUCAAGUCGGGCUUGCUCAGGAACCCGGGCAACACCAGCAACAGGCUCGGCUCCGCCGUCACCGCUGCAAACGUUGGCAAUUUCCCUGGACUCAACACUCUGGGCGUCUCGUUUGCGCGCCUCGACUUCGCCCCCGGCGGUGUCAACCCCCCACACGUCCACCCCCGGGGCACCGAGCUCCUCUUCCUCGUCCAGGGAGCUCUCUACGUGGGCUUCGUCACCACCGCACCGGAGAACCGGCUCUUCGCGCAGACCAUAUAUCCCGGCGAGCUGUUCGUGUUCCCCCGUGGAUUGAUUCACUUCCAGAUCAACGUUUGCAAUGAGCCUGCGGUGGCGGUGGCCGGGUUUAACUCGCAGAACCCCGGAGUCUCCCAGGUUGCCAAGGCCGUGUUUGGCUCAAAUCCUCCCAUCCUGGACGCCGUCAUCGAGAGGACGUUCCAGAUCGAUGAUGCUCUCGUGCAGAGGCUCAGGGAUCUCGUGAGCAUGACGUAGAAUAUCGU